AUGAAAGAAGAAGAAGACAUUUUCCGACAGAGUUCUUCAAUAUGCGUCAACUACUGUGGCAAAGCCGUAAAAGUGAGCGACUUGACGCGUCGGAGCACAGUGACCCAGGUGAUACGGAAGCUCGUCAAGCAGCUGUCCCUGCACAACGAAACAAGCUGGGAGAUUGUGGAAGAGUGGCGGGGUACCGAGCGACCGUUACCUACUCGUACACGUCUAUUGAAAGUUUGGCACGCAUGGUCCUCUGAGCAAGUGCAUGUCAGCUUCAGACUCCAGCUCUCCUCCAAGCGAAGUGCCUCCUACAGACAUCGAAGAAGACAUCGCCACUCCGUCAGAGAAGGGCAACGAAGAUACAUCUCCGAGUGGAGCGAGAGCGAGUCUUCCGAAUCUUCGGACUCGUUCCUUUCCGACUCCAUCGUCAGCGACAGCUCAACAGAAUCCGAGUCCGACUGCGAGCUCGUUCUCCGAAGCCGGAAGAAGACGACUCCACAAGUCGACCUCGCAGCGGAGCGCAAGAAACAAAUCGAGCUCAUCCAGAGUCAGCAGAUUUCCCUCGCCGCCAUGGCUAAAACCGAGGCGCAAUUGAAUGCAAGUAUCGAGACGCAAUUAGCGAAGAUCGAGGCUGGUGCGAAACAGGAAGGACUGAUAACGGCGUUGGGCUCCUCUUACAAACUGAUCGCAAGCAUAGAAGAGCGCCUGGCCCCGUUGAAAAAAGAAAUCAUCGAGCUAAACAGCCAAAUCUCCGAACUCACUUCAAACAGCUCUGAAAACAGCGCCGUACUGCAGCUAAGAGCAGCCAUCGACGCGCAAAUUGAGAUCACGAAAAGACUCGAUGAUGAAGCCGAAGAGCUUGCGGCCGCACAACAUGAUCUAGCGGAAUGCGUGGAGGACAGAGAGCACUUUCUCCUUGAUUCGAUCCACAACGCGAGUGGAAACCAGCAGGUAAGCCGCGAUUCUAACCCGCCUAGGAUGCUAGAGAGCGAAAAGUCGAGCAAUUCCUCCUCGGAAGACGCCGACGACGAAUGGUCAAUGGGCCGGCUGAGUUCCUACGACGAAAAUGUUGAGAAGAAGCACACGUCGAAAAUGGAAACGAGCGGUGCAUACGGCCGCGUCAAGCCGGUUUAUUCUACAUCGACGACCUGUUCGGACUCUGGGCACGUGUCCGAUGGUUCAGACUCGAAGAACGGGUCGGCAGAUCGCUUCAGUUUCACCGACAGUGCGAUUGACUCAUCGACAGAAUGCAAAGCCAAACUAAGAUCAAAUUGUCACGUUGAAAGUGACUCGGAUUCAGUGAGACUGAACUACGUGCAACAACUGCGGCAGAGCUCGUUGAUCAUUCGCAGCACAUCCAUCAGACUGUCUCGAGAAGCCAGACGACAGAACUCCUCACUUCAGAAAGCUCGCGAAACGAGUCCUAGCAAGAAGGCGAGCUCUCAAAAGCAGCCGGAAAAGACGAAAACGGCGGCGAAAGAAAACCCGCUGCGUACCGAAAAGAACUCCAAAGGAAAAUGCCAAAUAGCGUCACCGACAAACAUUUAUGCAAUUGAGAAAGUCUUUUCGGAGAAGUUUCAGGGCAUUGAAGGGAGACGAUUCGGGCGACACGGAACAGCGAAAAGGAAAAAGCGGUUCACUUUUGAUUUCAACCCUUAUUUCGAAAAUUCUUCUUUUGAACCGGUUCCAAAAGAGGUCGAAAGGAAAGAAGCCGACGAGCGAAUUCUUGUAGAAGACGAGUGGACUGUCCGGAAUAGUAGUACAUUUCGCAUCGAAGAUCAUUGUUACGUCAAUCCGGCGCUGAGCUUGACCGUGGACGAUUUUGAAAUGGCAAGCUAUGAGGGCCUUUCCAGGGUCGUCGAGAUCAAGAGGAAAAAGAAGAAGGAUCCUCUAGGCUUCAAAGUCGCCUAUAUACCGGACAGAAAGGGAAACGUGUUUACCGCGGUUACUGAAGGUAGCAUCUCAGCGCAAUGUGGUCUCCUUGCUGGUGAUCGAGCCCUAUCUAUCGAUGGAAAGAACGUUGAAAAGCUCGAUCAUCAGAAAUUUGUCGACACUCUCAAGAAGACAAAGACAAACAUCAAACUCGGCGUCAUCGGAUACCAGGUCGAUCCAGUCAAUCCCGCUCGAGAUGCCGAAGCAGCUGAUCUUGGAUUCAAGAUUUGCGUUCUCAAGAAAGAAGGCAAGGGAUACGGCUUCUCGUUGAACACCAAUCCUGGCUCGACCGAAGGAACUUCGGAGCACGUUCUUCAAAAGGUUGCUCCAGGUGGUGCUGCCGACAAAGCUGGUGUUUCUGAUGGUAUGCACCUUAUCGCCAUCAACGGCGUCGAUUUGACAUCGAAGAGCCACGCUGAAAUCGUCAAUAUUGUCAAGAAAGGCGGCUCUACUCUCGUUGUCAAGGUCAAAACCGGACCCAAGAAAGAAGAAGACGAACGAUCGGAAAUGGCAGAGAGCGAGAUCGCUGCUGCCAAAUCCGUCGCACCGGUUGAAAAAGCGUCGACAAAUCUGCACGAGUCGUUCGCGUCAUGCGAAGCUCCGGCACCGAUUACGGCUUCAAGAUCGUUUUCAAUCAAGAAAUUAGAAAAAGUGCUGUUACUAAUCAUCUGGGCUGUGAACUCAAAGUCUAUUGUCGGGCUUUCUCAUUCGGAAGUGGUUAGCCUCAUCCGCACUCAUCAAAACCACGUCGUCUUCCUUGUCACCAGCCUCGCCGCUCACGAUCAAUUUGUCGCCGACGGUACCGAACCAGACGCAAGCCAGGCCACUCUUGCUUGGGAAGCGGAUUACGGUAACUUCGGUAUCCCGCGAAAUCUUUUGGUUGAGAAGCAGCCUGAUGUCAAAUAUGGCUUUAACUUGACUUACAAAUCACACACACAUGCGAUCACAGUAAACCCUGGCUCGCCCGCGGAAGCUGCUGGAUUCCAAAAUGGCGACAUAGUCUGUGCCAUCAAUGGAGCCGACGUGGAGGGACUCUCCCACAGCGACGCGAUGACCCACGCCAAAGUUCAUGAUAACCACAUUGAGAUGACUGUCAUCGACCCUGCUGCCUUGAAACUAUUCCAAAAACUCGGCAUCAAAAUCACAACCGAAUUGGCUGAGCUCCUCGCCAGCUUCAAGAUCAUCAAGCGCCAGCUUUCUGAGCCCCCACAAUAUGAAGAGGCCACUGCCCCUGAGCCUGAACCGGAAGAGGAAGAGCCCGAGCCCGAGGCAGAAGAGCCCGAGCCAGAGCCAGAGGAAGAAAGUGACAGGCUCGUCGAACAUCCAGCACUUGCUGCCGCAGCCAUCGCAAAGGCGCGCGCUGAUUCUGAUGGACCUGCCCCUCUACCCCGUCUUGUCACUCUCAAGGACAACAACGGAUACGGCUUUUUCCUUCAAGACAAGGAUGGUGGCCACUACCUCACAGAUGUCGAAGAAGGCGAAGCCGCCCAAUUGGCUGGCGUUCUCGACAACGAUCGAAUCGUUGAAGUCAACAAUAAGAACGUCGAAGGUGCUAAACAUAGCACUGUUGUCGAUCUCAUCCGACAGCACACUGAUCACGUAACGUUCUUGGUCGUCGACAAGGAGUGCGAUGACUACUAUAAAGAGCGUGAUGUAAAGAUCACGAAGGCUCUGCUUGGAAUUGAACCACGAGCACGCCUUAUCCGAGUGAAGAAAGCCGAAGGUACCUUUGGUUUUGAGAUGCACACUGAGCCUUCCGAGCUUGGCCGCGUCCAGCUUCUACGAAACAUUGUUGUUGGUGGCCCGGCUGCUCAAGCGGGACUUGAGGAGCACGAUCGAGUUCUUGAAAUCAAUGGCCAGACACUUGACGAUGUCAGCCAUGAAGACGCUGUUGACAUUAUUCGCAACUCGGGUGAUACCGUUGUGUUCCUUGUUGCCGAUGAGGAAUGUCUCGCCUUCUUUGCCGCAAAAUCGAUCACAAUUACUCCCAUUCUAAAAGAAGCGGAACCCGAACCUGAAGUCGAUUUCGAAGAGCCAGAGCCCGAGCCUUCCGUCAACGGAGACUCGGUCGCUGAAUCGGUUCCAGAGCCCGAUUCGGAGCCUGAACCAGAGGCACCAAAGGUGCCUGAAGUUCAUGAAGCAAAUUUAUCUGUCGCCGCCGCAGCCGGAAUUUACGGAGGCCGCACAAACGCAGUGACAGCAGCUGCCGCGACCGUUUCCACCAUCACCACCGAAAAGACUGUGGCCCUAAAGGAAGAGCCAGAUGUAUCUGCUGGUCUUACCGUGGCGAUGGCUAGACAAAUGAAGAUUUUCGGAACCGUCAAGUCCUUCAAGGUUAACCCACGAGCUCGAGUCAAUGAUCAAGUGCCUCUUGUCGAUAGAACACCAACUCCUCAGCCAGCAUACAGUGCUCCUACUCCAGUAGCUCCACCAGCUCCAAAACCAGUCCAUGUUAAGCCAGCGGCUGCCGCUGCUGUUGUUGUUAACUCAAGCCAGCCACAAACUUCUAAGCCUCGGGCUCCAGCUGGUGCUUCAAUCGCAGCUCUGAUGAACCGAUUCCAACAGAACGGACAAGUACUCACAGGAGGCCAGAUGCCCGAGCAAGGAGUGCCAGAACAGCAGAGCGUCAAAAUCGUCGCUGCUAAGGCAACUGUCGAUGGCAGUGCGACCGCUGGCGCUAUCGGAGUCGCUGUCAAACAACAGCCCAAAUCACCUGAGCCUGUCGUCAAUAAGGUCAUGCGCCCCAACAUCUCUGAGGUCAACAAAAUGGCAAAUGGACAGGUCGCUCCGGCUGCGCCCAUGCAACCAACACAGAUGUACGGCCAGCCACAAUACCAACAACCUCAGCAGCCAUUCCAGCAGUACCCAAUGUAUCCGCAAUCUCCUCAGGGUGGCUAUCAACCAUUCCCCGUACAGCCUUUUGCUCCGUACGGCGCACCCCAACCCCAAUAUGGCGCUCCCCAACCUGGCUUCAUGCCAUACAUGAACCAAAUGCCUCCACAACAAGGCUUCUACCCACCUCCACCACCGCAACAGCAGCAGCAACAACAGCCACAGUACCGUUAA